UCCUCUUCACGUCCUGGAAGUGCUAGAUCCAGACGGCGCGCACGGCCAACAAGCCAUAAUAAGCGCCUAGUGUCUUCUGAUCUUGAUCUCUGUCCGCUUGGUGAGGUGCUAAGUGAGGAUGAGGAGACUAAGGAUGAACUUGAUGAAGGACGAAGCGAAUUGUCUAUAGGCACCUCAUCCGAUUUUUCUGCCAAAGGGAAAGUUGGGAAGUUGGAGGAGGAUGGGGAAGAGGAAAUUUACUCCGCUGUUUCUUGGAAUCCUGAACACGAAAUGAAACUGAGUGGAGGCAAGUCAGAGUCGCCCGUCACCUACAGUCCUUUCGACCUCCGUCUGGCCCUACACGAGGUGAACAACAACAAUUAUGGUAUCAGUUUGCUUGGAAGAGAUCACUCCCCAGACUUUAUGCUGCAAGAACUUGUGUACUGGGAGCCAGUGGUGAGUGUGAUUCGUUUUCAAACUCAUGUAUUCAUCUUUUAUGUCAAAAAAGUGACUAUUCGACUUGGAAUAAAAUUGUAUAAGAGACGAGGGUCAUAA